GGAAAGGUGAAAUUAUGUCUUAUACAACUGCUUUACUCAUAAUUAUACUCCUUGUUAAUUACCCUAAUUGUCUUUGCUCUAUCAUUAGUAGAUAUCAUUUAUUUGCCACUGGCAUAUUUUUGGAAGAUUGGGCCUCAGAAAAACCUUCUGUGGCUUCUCGUAUUGAAUGCGCUGCUUUUUGCAGUGGAACUAAAAACUGUUUAGCGUUUGGUUAUUUUAAAAAUGAAGAAGGAGAUCAUUGUCGAAUUAUUUCUGUUUCUAUUGAUAAAAACGAAGGUAAAACAUUCACAGGAAUGAAAAUAUACUUAAAACAAGGAUAAAGCUGAAUUCUAAAUGACUUGAACGAAAGGAGAUUUUCAUUUCAAGUAAUGAAGUAAAUCGAAAGAUACUGGUAGAACCGAAUUUAUUGAAUUUUUAUGCUUGUUUAAUUAAAUGAAUGCAUGUAUUUUAAUUAUACUUUCACAACUGUUAUUGUAAUAUUGUUAAUUGAUAAUCACCGAUAGAAAAAAGUCACCGAUAAGUGGCAUUGAAGUCAUGCAACUGGGGUCUGAACCCAUUCCAUUAUUGGAAAACAUCUUAAUUAACGUGCUAACGAAUUUUUGAUUCCAGAACUUCAACAAAGCCUUCAAGAUACCAUAUUCACGAAAGAUGGCACAUCAUCCCACAUCCCUCUCUAUGUUCAGGUCUAUUGUUAAAGAUGUGCAUAUGUGUCAGAUCUAGAGGACAGAGUUCAUUGAUGAUUAAAGUGGACUCAUCAGCAUUGGAAAACAUGCUUUUGCAAAUUGAGCACUUGUAACCGUAAUUUGUAUAGCUCCAGCGUUAGUAUCGGUGACUUUUUGUAUGAAAAAUCUUUAUUUAAUAAAUGGCAACGCAUCAUCUGAAGUACCUGUUGUCCAAAUGUUUCAUUUCAAGCAGUAGAA